GAAAAAAAGCAAGUCGUUACAUAAAUUGCCACAUAAAAGAAGUGCGGGCCAUAAGAGCGAGUUCGGGUCAAAUCAAGGCCACUUAUAGAUAUGAGAUUGAUCUCGAAAUGGAAGGCCAUAAGGAAUGAAGGGCCGUUGGAGUGAGGUUGCGGUCACGUGGGGUUGUAUCAAGGCCACAUAACUUGCCAUUGUAUACAUCCUAGCAACUUAUAUAUGUAUAUUGUAGUAACCUGUUCAAUAAUCUUCGAAUUUAAAUUUACCCAUAAGUUGCUAUUAGUACAAAACAUCGUCAAAAUAUAUACAAGUGGGGUCUAGUUUUGUUCGUCUUGUCGUCUAGAACACAACGGUGCAAUCGGUUGCCAAAACAGAGAUUGUAUGGAGGAGAUAAAAUAUUUUUUUAGCCUAGAAAGGCUUUGGAGCCCACUGUAUUAUGGUGAAGAAUAUGCGGAUGGAGGUCUUAUUAGGAGGAUAGAUGGAGGUAUUAUACAGCGACCAGUUGGCGGUUAGACUUUUUUAAAAGUGUAAAUUGAACUUUAUCUUAAAAUAAAAUUAAAAAAAUAUAUGGCCCAAGAUUGUCGCACGGCCCGACACCGUACCGGGCCAGGCUGGGCCAGCCAAACCGAACCAUUAGAACCCAAUAGUUGCAGCUCUAAAAAUUCGUCAGGAACGUUAGGAAAGGAAUUUAUUAGGGAAGAAAGAGGUUCUCGCGUCCACCAUGAAAACAGCCCAUCAGAGUAGACAGCGAGACGACAGAGACCUUCACCACCGCUUCACGCGCGCGCACGGAUAUUUUCCCUUUUCCCUUGCACACAACAGAUAUUUUCCGCUUCAAGAGGGGCGCUGUGGAUUUUGCUGACUUCGCUUCAGCAAGUCAGAGAAGCAAGAGGGGAAGCGAAGAUCCGAUCUCCCCCCGCCUUUCCCCUCCCCCCAAAUCCACACCAUCCGGGCCGCGGCCGCGCCAUGCCGCCCUCCGCCGACGCCAUGUCGGCCCCCGGGGACGCCGCCGCCGCCGCCGCCGCCGACGUGCGCAUGAUCUCCUCCAAGGAGCUCCGCGCGCACGCGUCCCCCGACGACCUCUGGAUCUCCAUCUCCGGCGACGUCUACGACGUCACGCCGUGGCUGCCCCACCACCCCGGCGGGGACCUCCCGCUCGUCACCCUCGCGGGGCAGGACGCCACCGACGCCUUCGCCGCCUACCACCCGCCCUCCGCGCGCCCGCUCCUCCGCCGCUUCCUCGUCGGCCGCCUCUCCGACUACACCGUCUCCCCGGCCUCCGCCGACUACCGCCGCCUCCUCGCGCAGCUCUCCUCCGCGGGCCUCUUCGACCGCGUCGGCCCCACACCCAAGGUCCAGCUCGCCAUCAUGGCCACGCUCCUCUGCGCCGCGCUCUACCUCGUCCUCGCCUGCGCCGCCGCCUCCGCGCACCUCCUCGCCGGCGGCCUCUUCGGCUUCAUCUGGAUCCAGUCCGGCUGGAUGGGCCACGACUCGGGCCACCACCGCGUCACGGGCCACCCGCUCCUCGACCGCGUCCUCCAGAUCCUCUCCGGCAACUGCCUCACCGGCCUCAGCAUCGCCUGGUGGAAAUGCAACCACAACACGCACCACAUCGCCUGCAACAGCCUCGACCACGACCCGGACCUCCAGCACAUGCCGCUCUUCGCCGUCUCCCCAAAGCUCUUCAGCAACAUCUGGUCCUACUUCUACCGCCGCACUCUCGCCUUCGACGCCGCAUCCAAAUUCCUCAUCAGCUACCAGCACUGGACCUUCUACCCCGUCAUGUGCGUCGCCAGGAUAAAUCUUCUCACCCAGUCUGCCCUCUUCGUCCUCACCGAGAAGAGGGUGCCGCAGCGGUUGCUCGAGAUCGCCGGGGUAGCUGCAUUCUGGGCCUGGUACCCGUUGCUGGUGUCCUGCCUGCCCAAUUGGUGGGAGAGGGUAGCGUUCGUACUUUCCAGCUUCACAAUCUGCGGGAUUCAGCACGUCCAAUUCUGCCUCAACCAUUUCUCGUCGGAGGUGUAUGUCGGACCGCCAAAGGGGAAUGACUGGUUCGAGAAACAGACGGCGGGCACGCUCGACAUCCUGUGCUCCCCGUGGAUGGAUUGGUUCCAUGGCGGCCUGCAAUUUCAGAUUGAGCACCAUCUCUUUCCCCGCCUACCUCAGUGCCACCUUCGGAAGGUCGCGCCCGCUGUGCAUGAUCUUUGCAAGAAGCAUGGGCUGCCGUAUUCUGCGGCCUCAUUCUGGGACGCAAAUGUGCUUACAUGGAAGACACUGAGGGCUGCUGCAUUGCAGGCUAGGAACGCCACAAGUGGUGCCGCGCCAAAGAAUUUGGUCUGGGAGGCUGUGAACACCCAUGGAUAAGUGGGAGAAGGAAUGGAGUUUGAGGCAACUGGUGGUGUUGACCCUUGUAUGCAUGCAACUAUCUGAUUAUUUCUCAGUUGUUCAGAGAGAUUGAUCAUUACCCGCCAGAGUCGGGUUGGAAUUUUUCGUGUUGGCCAGUGACUGUCUGUCUAUCCAGUGGAAGGGUGAGUUCAUCCUUCAAUUGUCUGGUUGUUCACCAAUUGUUCUGUUCUCCCUAUCAUGGUAACUAUAUUAUAUUCCUUGCAUUAGAUUAUGAAGCUUUGUUUAAGAUCAUGCCCAUUCGAUUUUGCUUGAUCUGUCAAGAUUGUGGGUGUUUGAUGUUCAUGAAUCUUUGAACGGCUGGUAAAAUUGCGUGGUACUUCUGUAUUUUCUUGGUUGCUAUGGCAGCUUGAAACUAGUAUGUAUAUGGCAAAAAUCGUUUCAUCCAUAUUCAUACAGCAUUCCCAUGUACUGUAAUU